AUGAAAGAAUCAUUGGUUCAUGGCUUGUCUGGCUCUCUCAGCGCGGUUAUCGCUACUCUGAUCUUGCAUCCUCUGGAUACAAUUCGAAUACGUAUGCAAUCAACUCAUUCUAAAACCACGCUAAGACUUUUCCUUAAAGAGUUACGAACCAAUGGAAACUUAAUGUCCCUGUAUUCAGGUUUCAUUUCUUCACUUAUCAGUACAGCUUCAAGCCAAGGAGUUUAUUUUCUAGUAUACAAAGCAAUGCAAAUAAUAUUGUCUCGUGGGAAGCGCCAGUUGACAAUUUUAGAUGACUUAAUUGUCAGUCUUGUAGCUAGCUUUGUUAAUAUUCUAGUUAAUACUCCAAUAUGAACAGUUAACACGAGACUUAUGAAGUCAGAGAAGGAAGAAAGCAUUUCAAGUUGCUUUUCUUCAAUUAUAAAGCAUGAGGGGUUCAGAGGCUUGUUUAAAGGAAUGUCUACAAGCUUUAUCCUAGUUUUAAAUCCUGUAAUUCAAUUUGUAACUUAUGAGCACAUGAAAAGGAGAUUCAAACAAAAAAAGUUGCAUGCAGGCUUUUGUUUUCUGCUGGGAGCAUUGACUAAGUUUAUUGCAACUAUGAUAACUUAUCCAUUUUUAACAUUGAGAACUAGAGUGCAACUUGAAGAUCAAAAAAGCCUAGGCUUUGUUGAGGUUUUGAAGGAUGUUCUUGACCAUGAAGGAGCUUUGGCACUGUAUAAUGGGCUUUCUACAAAAGUCUUGCAGGCUGUAUUAAAUUCGGCUAUUGUGCUGGCAAGUCAUGAGCAUUUGGUGAAGAUACUUUGCAUGAUUUGCUUGACAAAGAAGAUUCGAGCCACCGCGGCAAAGUAA